GACCAUGGGUGACUGGAGUUUUUUGGGAAACAUCUUAGAAGAAGUAAAUGAACAUUCCACUGUGAUAGGAAGAGUAUGGCUGACAGUGCUCUUCAUUUUUAGGAUUUUAAUCCUUGGCACCGCUGCCGAGUUUGUCUGGGGAGAUGAACAGUCAGACUUUGUUUGCAACACCCAGCAGCCUGGUUGCGAGAAUGUCUGCUAUGACGAGGCUUUCCCCCUUUCUCAUAUCAGACUUUGGGUUCUCCAAAUCAUAUUUGUCUCCACACCAUCACUGGUUUAUGUGGGCCAUGCUGUCCAUUAUGUGAGGAUGGAAGAAAAGAGGAAGGAGAGGGAGGAAGCUGAAAUGAACAGGCAGCAGGAGAUGAACGAGGAGCGGUUGCCUCUGGCUCCAGAUCAAGGGAGUGUGAGAACCACCAAGGAAACCAGCAUGAAAGGCAACAAGAAGUUCAGGUUGGAAGGAACAUUGCUGAGGACCUACAUAUGCCAUAUCAUCUUCAAAACCAUCUUCGAGGUUGGCUUUGUGGUAGGACAGUACUUUCUCUAUGGCUUCCACAUUUUCCCUCUCUACAGAUGCAGCCGGUGGCCCUGUCCCAAUACAGUCGACUGCUUUGUUUCCAGGCCGACGGAGAAGACGGUGUUCGUCAUCUUCAUGUUGGCAGUGGCUUCGGUGUCACUCUUUCUCAACUUUGUGGAGAUCAGUCACCUAGGAAUGAAGAAAAUUAGGUUUGCCUUUAGGAAGCACCCCCAGCAGCAAGGGGAGUUGGUUUCUGAGAAGCCUUUGCACUCCAUUGCUAUUUCUUCUAUCCAGAAAGCCAAGGGUUACAAGCUCCUCGAGGAAGACAAGGCUGUGUCUCAUUUCUAUCCUUUGACAGAAGUCGGGAUGGAAGCCAGUAGCCUGCCAGCACCAUUUACAACUUUUGAAGAGAAGAGUAAUGAUGCAGGUCUUGUGCAAGAUGUUUCCAAGGUCUAUGAUGAAACAUUACCAUCCUAUGUUCAGACUACCGAGCAAGAAGAAAUUCUAGAAGAACCACCCGCAGAAGCCACUGAGACGAUAGAAGAUACAAGACCUUUGAGCAGUUUAAGCAAAGCAAGCAGCAGGGCCAGGUCAGAUGAUUUAACAGUAUGAGUCAAGCAAAUAAUUUUAUAAAGCGGAGGUCAAUUUACUACAAAGUGAAAUGAAAUCAGGCACUGACUAGGCAUAAUAAGCAAUCAGUGAAACAACUAUGCAAGCUUGUAAGAAAACUGAAUACGUUAAAAACAAGUAUAUCGUUAUUGAGUUGCAUUUUUGAUAGUAAGUAAUAAAAUAAUAAAAAACAAGUUUGAUGAAAAUUUCAGUACAGUUGAACAAAGUCAUAUAUGAUCAGUUUUACAGUACAUAGUUUUACUUUUUUUAAAAAUAAUAAUAAUAAUAAUAAUAAUAAUAAUAAUAAUAAUAAUAAUAAUAUGCAAUAUUUUCCUUCUGAAAGGAUACAAAUAUGUCUAUGUUUACAAUUGGGCUUACUAAAUAUCUAACAUAACAUCAAUUAAAGUUAGUUUUUUUCUAAAAGGUGGGGAUUUACAUGAAACAAUCAGGCUUAAAACAAUGGGUACUAAAGUUCUUUUAUGAGUUUCAAUUAGUUAACCAAAAUAUAGCAAACUGUUUUUUUACUAAAAAUCUAUAUAUAUAUAUAUAUAUAUAGAACAAAUGUAUUUUCCCAGUGUAGAGAAAUUAUAUAUUUUUUAGCAGUUGAAUUGAGAAUAUAUAAAGGUAUGUAUGUGUGUUACUGAUUUACAAAAUAAUUAUAUAAAUAAAAAAGCAAAACCUGAAAGCAAACAAACAAGUAAAAAAAAAAUAUUGAAAAGUUUAGUAUACUGUAUUGAUUAACGCUAUCUAAGCAUUGAGCAGCCUCUCUUUGGAAGGUACACUAGUUGUAUUUGUCUGCUGUAAUAUUCUUAAAAAACUGCAGUCACGUUCAACAAGAAAUCUAAACAAAUUCUCUUAAAAUCAUCAUUUUCAAAAUUCAUUUUUUGUUCAGGUUCUAGAACACACUAUGUAUCAGUGUUCAAUACAUUAGACCUACAUUUUGGCAAAUAAUUAACCACUACAAUUUUGCACAGCAUCCUCCAUAUAUUUUUACUCAAACCAGAGUAUUCAGGGCUUCAGUUGUCAACAAUGCGCAGGGAUCACAACGGCCACAUGUAACUAAGAGUGUCUAAACAAAGCAGCUUUUUAAAUUAGAAAAGAAAAUUGCAACCAUGUAAGUUCCUAGUUACAAUAAUGUCCUAAGUGCCUAAAAUAAAACACUACUUUAAGUGUAAAUCCCUGUAUGUUACAGGGUCAAAACUUCACAAAAACGUCAAUACUAUGCUAUACUAGACAUAAUUUAUCGUUUCUGAUUAUUAAUAAGCUUAGUGUAUGUCACUGCAAGGGAAUCAUGUGGUUGGUAUUCAUAUUUCAGCAAGUACAUUGUAUAAAAUGAAAAAAAAUGUAUGGUAUUUUAUCUGUCUUUAAACAUGCCUUAGACAUUUUAAUAGAACAUUGUAUUGUUUUAGCUAACUUGAAUGGAGUAAUGUGUACCCUUAAAACACAUCUUUAAGAUAUUUCAAGUAUGGGAUAAUUUUCUUAAAAUUAUACUGGCAUUUGUACUUUCACCUACAAAUGAGACACGAGCCAUACCCAAAGCAUUUAAAAAGCAGUUACAAGCAAAAUAAAAGAAUUUUAAAACAAAAAUGUUUUGCACCAAUAUUGCCUUCAUGUAAAUGCAUUUGCACAAAUGCAUGUGUGUUUACAAUAUAUAUAUAUAUAUAUAUAUAUAUAUAUAUAUAUAUAUAUAUAUAUAUAUAUAUAUAUAUAUAUGUAAUCGCUGCAAUUUCUUAAUAUUAGCCAACUGUUUUAACUAACAUGUAGUCCUCUUUGAUCAUAGUUGUGUGAAAGUAUCCUCUUUUGAAAACUGUGAACACAGCCAAUAAAUUUGUGUGGUCAAGGAAAAAGUGUUUCUUUGUAUUGAUUUUACAUCACAGACCCCAACACGCCCAGGGGUUGAACAAAAAUGAGAAA